AUGAUCUUGGCGGUGUCGGCAUCGGUGUUAAACGAGUUCAUCAACAAGAGAGGAACAUCAGAAUCGUAUUUACGAUUAAGAUGCUCGAUUUGUCUCACCGACAAAUCCAAAAAUGUGUUGCCAUCUCUUACUUCAAUGACCGAUUUGGGACCCACACAGCCCAUAGACGUACCCAAUCCUCCGUUCAACUUGAGCACUGCCAAUUUGCUCAAAUUGUCGGCAGUUUCCGAUUUGAGAGAGUCAUACAGCACAACCUCACUCUCACUUGGCGACUUGAUUUUGUCCCAAUCAAGAGUGGUUCCCGACGCCUUAUCGGUCAAAUACCGUCUAAACAAGGCGAAAAAUGAAUCCAUCUCGUUUUCAAACUUGGCUUGGGCUUCUGGAUCCUUGACGGUAUCGACCAAUGCAUUCAAGGCAUUCCGCAUCUGCGACGCAGAAACGUUUGUGGCGGUGUUGUCAAACGCCUGUGUUAGUAGCUCGAAGAGAUUGGCCAAUUGA